AUGUCCUCCGACCGAGUCAAAAUUGAGCAGCAGAUAGCGAAGGCAGUAGAGUACACUGCCUCGCUUAAAUCGAAGCCAAAUUUGUCUAAAAUUGCGCGCGAAUAUGGCGUUCCGUAUCAGCGUUUUAGGGCGCGUCUUCAAGGUCGGCAGGCCUUACACGCUCCUAAACCCUACCAAGAGACCCUAGAUCCCUGGCAAAUUCAGGGCCUUGUUCACUGGUGGAAAUUCUUUGAUUCAGUAGGGUACAGACCCUCCCACCAAGAGAUUAUUGCUGCUGCAAAUCAUAUUCUCGCGCCUGAGUCAGUAGGCAAAAUGUGGGUUUAUCGCUUUGAGGAGAGGCAUCUUAAACCACUUGGAACGCGUAUUGCGCGUCACCGACCUGUGAAUAAGAAGCGUCUUGAGGCAGAGGAUGUUGGAAUGCUUGAAAUCUGGUAUGGCAAGCUUCGUGAGUAUCUGCAUUGCGAUGGCAAUAAUAUGAUACUCACGCAUAACAUUUACAACUUUGAUGAGACUGGAUUUAUGCUUGGAGUAGGCAAGACGACUCGAGGGCCCUCACAGUAUAGUGAUAAGCGCUUUGCCUCACUUGAGAAGGGUACACUUGUCUCUGUCAUUGAGUGUGCCUGUGCCGAUGGAACGAUGGUAGAGCCGCCUUAUAUCAUAUUUCCAGGUGCACGUCAUAUGGAGUCGUGGUAUGAAGGCAAUGUGCCUAAUUACCCUGUCAAUGUUAGCGAAACUGGUUAUUCGAACGGCGAGAUUGCACUUGACUGGAUCAAAUUAUUCGAUAAGCAGACAUAUGCAAAGGCAGCAGGCAAGCAGAGGCUGCUAUUAUUUGACGGUCAUCCAUCACAUAUUACUGUCGAGUUUCUCCAAUAUUGCCAGGAUAACAACAUUAUUGCCUGGAAUUUUAUGUCAAAUUUGACACAAUUAUGCCAACCACUCGACCAGAAGCCCUUUCUUGUCUAUAAGCAGGCAUAUAAGGCACAGACAUCGCACCUACAGGCAGAGGGGGAGAUUCGAUGA